CGCACAUUGACCGCAGUUGUCAUUCAGGUGUUGGUUCAACCUAUGUGACCUGUUGACAUUGAUGGACAACGUGACGGUCGGGAGGUCCAACUCCAGUUGCUUGGUGGACAACAGCGCGGAUGUCCUGGUGCCAGUCAUCUACGCCGCCACCUUCCUUGUCAGCUUGCCCGGCAACUGCCUGUCCAUCUACGUGGCCGCAUUGCAAGUGAAGAGAGGCAACGAGAUCGGUGUCUACUUGAUCAACCUUUGCUUCGUCGACAUCAUCAACACCCUCAUCUUGCCCUACUGGUUCUGCCAUCACUUCACUACCGCCAUCGGCAACGUGUCCGUGCACAACACGGUGGCGGUGUUGUCCUCCAGCACCAUGUACAUGAGCCCUGCCUUCCUGUGCUGCAUUGCGGCGGACCGCCACCUCGCCAUCGUCCACCCUCUCCGGUUCCACCGGCUGAGGACCCUGCGGGCAGCCGUGGCGGUGAGCGCGACGUGCUGGCUGCUCCAGCUGUCCCUCCACGCCCUCCUCCUCCACCAGCAGGGCCUCCUCUCCUCCGACUUCACCUCCAGGCCACUCUGGGUGGAUCUUCCCCUGGAGGCCACCGCGGCCGAGGUGUGCCUGAUACGUUUCGUCCUCAGCUUCUGCCUCCCCUUCUCCCUCUUCCUCUUCUGCUCCCAGAGGAUCUACAGGGCGGUGGCCAGGAGCAGCGGCGUGGAAGACGGAGAGAAGAGGAAGAUCGCCAAGUUGCUGCUCUUGCUCCUCCUGGUCUACGCCGUCAGCUUCGGGCCUUACCAGUUGACCUCCCUUGCCCGCAGCGUGGCCGAGCCGGGCAAUUGCCCCUUCGCCCAGCUCGCCAUCACCCCCUACAACGUCUUCUUCGCCUGGACUGGAGUCAACUGCGCGGCCGACCCCAUCCUCUACUGCUGGCUCUCCGACGCGGCACGACAGGACAUUGUCCACUUGACCACCGCCCUCAAACACAAACUGCCGCGGCUCUGUAGGCGGCUGGAACACCACCGUGCCGACCGGACCCCCAAACACAUCUCAGACCUCCCUCAAGUAAUAACAAGUAACAUUGAAAGAGUGGUAAGUCAAAGUUACAAGUUAAGGGAGCAAACAAAUUUGCAACCUUACAGCAUGCUGCCACUGGGAGAGUUCCUGAUAUGUUUCCUCAUCAGCUUCUGCCUCUCCUUCUCCCUCUUCCUCUUCUGCUCCCAGAGGAUCUACAGGGCGUUGGCCAGGAGCAGCGGCGUGGAAGACGGAGAGAAGAGGAAGAUCGCCAAGUUGCUGCUCUUGCUCCUCCUGGUCUAUAUAAUCAGCUUUGGGCCUUACCAUUUUGCCGCCCUUGCCCAUGGCGUGGCCGAGCCGGGCAGUUGCCCCUUCGCCCAGCUCGCUAUCACCCCCUACAACGUCUUCUUCGCCUGGACUGGAGUCAACUGUGUGGCCGACCCCAUCCUCUACUGCUGGCUCUCCGACACGGCAUGA